AUAGCACAGCGUUGUGCAUGUCGAUGCAAGGCUGAGCUGAUGCUGUAUGGAGGAAUUUCACUUUGAUGAAGGCGCCUCCUAUCCUUAUUUAAACAGUACUUGUUAAAACCUCCGUAGGCGCCCCGUGCGUCUGCAUCUGCGGCCAAGGCGCCGGUACAAGACGGAGCAGAUGCGCCAUGCGCGCCUCUUAGAAGCUGAUUUUCCUGGUUGAUCCUUUAAAAAAACUCAUCCGGAGCCUGUCAAGCAGAUCGCCUCGUAGAAACGGAGCUUGAAAAGAGUCAUAAGGGAUUCCUGUUACUGAAAUCCUGUACUGACACCGAAAGGGACCCGAUCUGUCAUUCACUCUGUUCACUAUGGUUUAAGACACAGGUGAGAGAUGGACGCGCUUUUAAACUCUGCUAUCAGAUGCGUCUUUCUAGCCUAUGUGGAUGCCUGCUUCCUUAAGACGUGUCUCUAUGCUCUGUACAGCAAGUAUGAAAAGAGCACCGAAAUCGCCGCUGAAAAAUAAGAAUCCGGGACCUAAAAGAAUCGAGGGAAGGGAUUUUGGCAUAUAAGGAUUUAUACGUGGUACUGACAGAUCUGUGGAUGAGAAGGAAUACGUUCUUCAGGCUUUUUUUCCUCCGAGGAUUCAUGAAUGCAUUAAUAAAUGAACACUGUCACUAUGUAUCAUAUCACUAAUAACCGGAGACUACUGAAAAGAAACACAAUACCAUUACCGCGUCUGCGCACUUGUUCAGCCGUGGAAAUGUAACAGCGGCUGUACCAGAAAAGCCUUUCUGGAUAGAUGAUUUCGGUAUUUUGAGAAUAUCUAAAAAGUACCGAUUUGCACAUUUUUCAUACACCAUGUUCCUAGGAUUUAUAUGAAGCGAGGUUUUAUUUUUAAAGCCAACACCUGUGAAGCUAUAAUCUCCGUAAAAUGGAGGUACGGCUGAAUUAGAUGACUUGUUUAGAUAAAGGUGUUUCAUAUCGCCUAGGUUUUAUUAGGGAGAAACUUGCAUAUCAGUCGGCGUUAAUGCUUUUGGAACAAAACCACCAUCUUUUGGAGACGGUGCUUGUGCAACAACUUGGAUAAAUCAUCCUUUUGACUAAAACUGUCGGCACUUUUGGCACAAAUGUACAGAUAGAGAAAAAUACCUUAAAAUGCAUCUUUUCAUGAGACAUACGGAUGGACAUGGUGUAUGGCGAAGGAGUUGCCAAGGCUGCAGUGUGACAGAAUCGCAAGCUUGAUUUCAAAACGGUCAGAAACAGCGUUUUAUGGGGAAAAUGAACCAAAAUUUUUAUGCAACACAAUACUUAUUCUCAGUUUUAUUUAGUUUUUGUCCGGCAUGAGGCAAAUGGAUUCAAUGGUUCGUUUUUGAUUGGAUAUCGACUUGAAAUCAAGAGAAACGCUGAUUUUAUCUCCCCCCGUUUCUCCGAGCACACCUUUCUUUGAUGCCAGGCGAGGUCUCUGUGUCGUCAUGAUGAGCGAGGAGUGUCCCGGAGCUCUGGGCAUGGCUCGGGUAAGGACGGGGCCCUGCGAGGACCAGGGGGAGGAGUCAGCAAAGGAGGCAGGGCCGGGCGACGACAUCAGCGAGGACCUGAGCACACUGGUGGUGCCCUUCCCUGAGCUGGCCCCCGUCGUCUUCUUUUGCCUCAAGCAGACUACCUGCCCCCGCAGCUGGUGCAUCCGCCUGGUCUCCAGCCCGUGGUUCGAGCGCAUCAGCAUCAUGGUGAUCCUGCUGAACUGCGUCACCCUGGGCAUGUACCAGCCCUGCGAGAACAUCGACUGCUCCUCCGACCGCUGCCAGGUCCUGCAGGCUUUCGACGCCUUCAUCUACAUCUUCUUCGCACUGGAGAUGGUGAUAAAGAUGGUGGCCCUCGGGAUCUUCGGCCAGCGCUGCUACAUGGGGGACACGUGGAACAGACUGGACUUCUUCAUCGUCAUGGCAGGGAUGGUGGAGUAUUCACUGGACCUUCAGAACAUCAACCUGUCUGCCAUCAGGACUGUACGGGUGCUCCGGCCGCUCAAAGCCAUCAACCGUGUCCCCACUUCCUCCCCCCUUUACGGCGCCCCUGGAUUCAUCGGCCCGGUGUAA